CAGAGGGAGGAGAGCAGGACGCCGAGCAUCCUCCUCUGAAGGAAGGGCCCCGCUAUGUUUUUAUCGCUCAGUUUAAUGGAUAAUCAUCUCUGAGCCCCGCCGCCAUGCCGUAGCUAAUCCACCGGGUGGUUUGGAUGAAGCCGAGCGGGGAUCUCAGCUGGCAGGGAGCCGGGCGGCUGUAACCGAAGCUGGGAGGAUGCACUGGGCUGCUGGCUUCGCCUCCUCCCGGCCGUGCGUGGUGGAACUGGGCCGGAACCACAGCCUGCCGCUCGGCCUCUGCGGCUCCGAGCAGCAGCAGUCCUUGUAUGGCUAUAUCAUCGCCUUUCCCCUGCAGGACUACGGAGGCAUCAUGUCGGCUCUGGUCUCGGAGUCUUGGUGGAAGAAGACGCUCUACAUCACCGGGGGGGCCCUGCUGGCCGCUGCAGCCUACCUGCUGCAUGAGCUGCUCGCCAUCAGGAAGGAGCAGCAGUUGGACUCUAAAGAUGCCAUCAUCCUACAUCAGUUCUCCAGACCAAAGAACGGCAUCCCCAGCCUCUCCCCGUUCUGCCUCAAGAUAGAGACGUACCUGCGCAUGUUAGACCUGCCUUACCAGAACUACUUUGAUGGAAAGCUGUCGCCGCAGGGGAAGAUGCCUUGGAUCGAAUACAACCACCAGCAGGUGUCAGGCUCAGAGUUCAUUGUGGAUUUCCUGGAGGAGAAGCUGGGGGUCAACCUGAACAAGAACCUCACCCCGCAGGAAAUAGCUGUUUCCAGAGCUGUAACCAAAAUGGUGGAGGAGCACCUCUACUGGUGUGAACCCUUUGUUUCUCUUGUAGGAGAUAAUAAAUACUUCAUGGGCUCCAAGAUGUCAACACUAGAUGCCACAGUGUUUGGCCAUCUAGCUCAAGCUAUGUGGACGCUACCUGGGACCUGGCCAGAGCAACUCAUUAAAGGAGAGCUGAUCAACCUGGCCAUGUUCUGCGAACGGAUGCGAAGAAAGUUCUGGCCCGAGUGGUUCGUGGAUGUGGAGGAUCUUUAUUACGACGGAGACAGCGAGAGCAGCGGCAGUAGCAGCCCCGCCGGCCUGCUGGACUUUGGCCUGUUCUCCAGGACUGACACUUUGGAAGACAGCGACAGCAGCAGCCAGUCAGCCAGAAACACACACACUCCCUCCCCCGAGUCGGACCACUCGCUUUUUGACUCGGACGUUGGGACCGGCUCCGAAAACGACAUUCAGCUCAAAGAAGAAACGAUGCCAGACCUGGAGGUUUGAGCUUCGACCGCUUUGACCGGCAGAAACUGGAAUAGGCAGCUGUGUGGUUUCACAUGUGGAAAACCCAGCAUGUUAAAAACUCCCUACAGACCGGGUGUUUAUAUGCAGAGGAUGCAACCUCAUAUUAGAACUUACCGUGUACCGUUUGUCCCCCUCCGCAUCAUGUGGACUGUCCCAGCGGCAGUCCCUCUUUGCCUUAUUCGCCCGAUCCUCACAGAAAGUAAUAUAAACUAGACGUCUGAUCUCAUGAGAAGUGCAGCGAUGAAACGGGAAGUAAUGCAAAUGGGACAGGUGGCACUUCACUCGCCAUGAGACGAUGCUACUAAUCGCCACCCUGCCAUGUGUCAAAAUGCAUAAAUCCAUUCAAACAGGUGGAGAUCGAUCAUUUGGCUCAGGAGGAACAGCUGCAGUAUCUCUGCUGUUUACCAUCUGCGUGCUGAAUAGUAAGCAGACAGCAGCGGGUGUCACUUCCUGUCCGUCUCAGACCCUAGUGUCAUGUCCUUUAUGCUGCUGUGUAUCGUAGCUAGCUUAUUAUAACCUGGAGGUUUACUGGAUGGAGGGCAGAAGGAUAAAUCUGUGCCUGUUUUAGUUACAAGUUUUCAUCUUAAAUUACUUUAUCUUCAUGCACUUUAUGUUUAAUGGAUUUUUUUUAUAGUUUCAGGGCAUUUUGUGUCAGAGAUGUAGUGGAUAUUUUUGACCACUAGAUGGAGGCAAAGGGCAGA